GAAACUGAGAUUCCACUGGUGAACUCAACGGUAGGCUCACACAACAAGAAAAAGCGAGAGUGAAAAAAGCAAAAGGGUAUCCGCGGUCCCCGUAUAUGCCACAGAUAACCCGUAUAUCCCACAGUCGAGUGAUUGCGCGGUACAAAAGCAGCGCAAUGCAAUCCGGUAACAAAAUGCCAUACACUUCGCCGCCAACACCCCAAGUCAUGCCCAGUGCCCAGUGCCCAGAGUCCAGUGCCCAGUGUGCCAAUGAAUGCAAUGCAAUGCGACCGCCCGAACCCCCCUUCCAGAACACCGCUGAUGCAAAUGCCAGUCCUGAACCCCCAUCCAUGGGCCAACCCCAACCCAGUCGGCCCUUCGACCUCAGCCCGACCUCGGCUUGGUCGGGCAGGCAAGCACCUUGAACGCCCAACCGCCAUCAAACCUCUAGUUAGUUAAUCA